CCAUCAUGGGUUCGGUCUCUUUAUCCAAUUCUAUGCCCAUAACGCGACUUCCACUACUUACAUCACUCAAUCAAUCCCUUCUUCCCACUUCUUCAUCACUUCCUCCUCUCUCCAACCGUCGUCGCUCCAAUGUUUCACAGACAAUCACCGCCUCUGCCGUCUUCUCAGCUCCUGCCGGCGUUAAUGACUCUCUUCCGGCAAGAAACGAGGGUUACACAGUUGGGGAUUUCAUGACAGGGAGACAGCAUCUGCAUGUUGUUAAGCCCUCAACAUCGGUCGAUGAUGCAUUGGAACUUCUGGUUGAGAAGAAAGUCACUGGAUUGCCUGUAAUUGAUGAUGAUUGGAAACUGGUUGGUGUUGUUUCUGAUUACGACUUGCUUGCACUGGAUUCCAUUUCUGGCCGCUCCCAAAAUGAAACAAACUUGUUCCCUAACGUCGACAGCACCUGGAAAACGUUUAAUGAACUCCAGAAACUGAUAAGUAAGACACAUGGACAAGUUGUUGGAGACUUGAUGACCCCUUCUCCUCUGGUUGUCCGUGGUUCUACCAAUUUAGAAGAUGCAGCCAGGUUGCUUCUGGAAACUAAGUUCCGAAGAUUACCCGUUGUGGAUUCAGAUGGAAAACUGAUUGGGAUUCUUACAAGGGGGAACGUUGUAAGGGCUGCACUGCAGAUCAAGCGCGAAACCGAAAAAUCAGCAUAGAUUGAGAAAGCAGCAGUUAUAGAGCAGAUAUUCCUGUAAAUCUGCCAUAGUUAAAUAGCAAAUCUGUUCAUUCCAUUCAAGUAUAUAUAGUAUGUACCCAAACUCAGAAUUCAAGACAUUUUUGUGUAGCACAAAGUCCAUUCUCUAGUCUUAUUACCACCACCAAAAACAAACGAGGAAACAGAA